GUUCUUUCCUUUAUUCUCCUUCUACUUUUCUCUUUCCUACUCUUCGUCUUAUAGCAUUUCACUGGAACGCUUGCGCUGUAUUCGAUUACCGCGGUGCUAACAUCUAACGGACAAUGUUGAAAACAAUGUGUUUUCGCGUACCACUAACGUAUAACCAAAAAGUAUACGUCAGUUAAAUCAUCACACUUUAUUGGCAUCGAUAAAAUUAAUUAUUCAAGAGAAAGGUUUGGAUUUCAAGUACAAGGACUGUACAAUGUUCUUUUAAAAUGGUAAAUGAUAAAUAAUAAUACCACAAAUGAUCAUCAAUCGACCAUAAUCAACUUUUAAGACGGAACUUUCGAUUGUAGACGUUUUAUUUCAUUUUUCAAAUUGAUAUAUAACCUCUCGAAUUACAUUGUGAUAUUCCGCGUCGUAUUUGUUAAAAAAAAAUGUCUUGGUUAUUCGGGCGAAAGAAACAGCACAAGGAUUCACCAUCUGAUUCGACGGAAGAGGAACAAGUAUCGAAUCAAAGCGACGAUUAUGAAUUCGUUCCGAAUUGGACAUCGUCGAUACAAGGGAACAGAAGUCAUGACACCACGUCUACGUAUCCUAGCGGUAACUUAUAUCCUUCGUACAUACCUCCUGUUCCAGAAUUUGGACAAGCUGUACCAACCGAUUCGUCCAAAGAUUUUAACCAAGGAGAGAGUACGCAUUAUUUGAACGGCGUUCCAUUCAAAUUGUGCAAAUACCUGGAGAUUAACGCGAGCAAUGAUUUCGAGAUAGACCAACUUAGAAUUAGUGAAAUUUUAUCUUUUAUAGAGACAAUAAGGAAUCAAAAUUAUGAUUAUAAUUUCGCUUUGGAGGAAAGCAUCGUGGCAGAAAUGAAUAGUAGAAAUAACGAAUAAUUUCCUCUCGGCAUAUCAGAUGUCUUCAGAGAUCACGUAACGUUCGUGUCGAAUCAAAAUUCUUGAGUGUUUUGGCCAACACGUGCAAUAUAAUUCUUGCGUAAGUGUAUCGUUAAAAAUACACUGGCGUGAACACUUUCGUUUUCUUCAUGCUCAUAU